AUGCAAGACGAGCUCGACCAGUGGACCAUCCCGCGGGGCUACAGCAUGCGCAUCGCCGGCGCCAAAGUCACCGGCAAGAAGAAGGUCCGAUGGGUAUGUUUCCGAGGCGGCGAGGCGCGACAUCACCGGCCACCUGUGGACGAGUCCGUGAUCCAGGCCGCCAAAGCCGAAGGCCGGCGCAAGCCCACCACCGAUCGCACCUCCAAAAAGUGCGGGUGUCAGUUCAAGUUCGAGGUGAUUGAGACAGCCAAGGGGUCGGAUCUGUGGACGCUACACUACCCAAAUGAAGAGCACAAGACGCAUAAUCACGGCCCGUCAGAUCAGACGAGCGAUCCGAGGGCGAGGAGGUUGCCGAUGGAGGUGAGCAGGGAGGUGGAUCAGUGGUUGAGGGAGGGAUGGUUGGUUAGUAAGGUGCAGGAAGAGCUGAGAGGGAGGGGGUUUAGGAACGUGUUGAAUACAGAUCUUUAUAAUCGAAAGAGGUUGUUGAAGAAGGAGAAUGCGCAGGGGCAGGCGGGGGGUUGA